CAGGUCAGUUUGAGUUUUGGAAGUCGAAGGACGGAUGGAGGAAGACUUGGAACGUUUCUUGCGGUCAAGAGAUAUCCCUCACGUGGAUAUUACGCGCAUGAAAAGAGACAAGGUGCGUAUUCAUACUGUCAACGUUAUCGAUGUCAAAACAGCAGCAUGGACGUGGACACCUGAUAUGUUGCCGCUACCGUUGUGUAUGUAAUGUAAAUCAGGUUAUAGCAUGCAUCGUUAAGUAUCAAGAAAAGUACUCUAUAAGUCUUUUUACGGAGCUCCUAAGGGUACAUUAUGGAAUACUAAUACGACGUGGUACAAACCGUGGGACCGUCGUUUUUUCUAGCAGUAGACUACUAUUGGCUUUAAAAAAAUAAUCAUUAACACUUCAUACAAAAAUACUUAUGUCACAAAUAUGUUCUGACACUUUCGAAUAUGUGUAAUAUCGUAAUUAAAGCUGCUGUAAUUUUGUGCCACUACUCUGUGAAUGUAUCUACAGUAGUUAUCAUUGCGGUAAAUAUCAUGUAUUUACUCAAUUUUCUGUUUGCAGGUUGAUAUGGCAGUAAUUUCCAUCAUGAGUGAUGAGCAAAUUGGCAAAUAUAUCACCUCAUAUGGUGAUCGAGUAGCUACCCUUUCCUUCUGCCAACAAAAAAUGUCCAGCAACAAUAAAGAAACUCUUUUACAAAGGUUAAGAGACAAAAUAAGCUCGAAAAAAAAAGGAGUACCGGGUGGAUCCUCCACUGUGCCCCAAAAUGGAGGUCAGGGAACGGCAACCGCACGGCAAAAACAAGUCUCAGCAGAAAAGACUUGCAGAAAGAUUGAAACUGGAUGGCUCCAUUUUGAUAAUAAUGAAUACUAUCAAGUGAAGACGAAAGAUGGCGGAGGAACAAGACAUGCUACCAUAGAAAAAACCACAACUGCUGCUCAGAUUUUGGAAUUGGGAAAGGAGUUGUUUUUCCCAGAUGGAAUUUCAUCCAAAGGAGAAGUUGGUGACUUUACGUUUGAGGUCUGUGAUUUUAAAAGAAAGGAGAUUUCACUUGAUGAAACAGUUGGUAGGUUGUAUGAAAAGACCAAACUGAGGCUGCUUAGAUUUUACAUCUGCACAAAAGAACUGGUCUCAACAUCUCAAGUGGAUUGUGACGAUCCAUUACCUGUUAGCAUGUCUGAGGGAGCACUUUCACAGUGGAUGGGAGAAGAAGAUCAUGCUUAUACGUGUGUACGGAAUCAUGAAAACUCAUCUGACAGUGACCGACAUGAGGAGAAUCUGCAUCUGAAACCAAGAUUUAAAAAACCAAGAGGAAUUUCGGAGACUGGGAGGGCAAAUUGGGAAGAAAUAUCCCAACCCUCUUCUUCAACCCACACAGCCAAUAGAGAAACAGACAUCGGCCAGGGGCAUGACACCAACACAAAUGACACAGUUUGGGUGAAUCUCCCAAAUUCUAAUGAUUUUCCCGACCCGAGCUUUGAAAUUAUUGACCUGACCAGAGUAAUUAAUGAUGACUUGACACAAACUGAGACAGAAAUCAUCUUCCAUGAUACUUUUGAUGAGGCGGAUACAGUAGUAUGGGAUCCAGAUGACAAACUUGGCGGAUUCGAUGGAGGUGAUGAUGAGUCUGUUUUAACCUUUCGGAAUGCUGAAAAGAAUGGUGAGACCGUACAGGCAUUACAACUGCCAUUGCCUUCAGCUAAUGACUUCCCUUCGCAAGUUGCCCAGUCCAUACAUUGUGAGGCAAUGCAAGUGGCACAGGAGAGCGGGCCGAAUCUUUCACUGCAAGACUUGCCCUCAGAUUUAGACAGCUAUCUGUCUUCGUCAUCCUCACCUGACAAUGAAGGAAAUCCAAAGCGCACACGACAUGCAUCCAUUUGUAGGAUUAAGGUUGUUGAUGAUCUCUUGUCUGUGUUUAUGGACAGUGGCAUAAUGAAGUUCAAUCUAACAUUUAAUUUAGUCAAUGAAAGUGGUGUUGAUGAUGCCGGAGUGUCAAGGGAGGUUUACACUGCAUUUUGGGAACAGUUUCUUGAACACUGUGAAGGGGAAACAGAGCGAGUUCCAAGGUUGAGGCCAGAUUUCUGUGAGGCUGAAUGGCAAGCAGUCGGGCGGAUCUGGGUCAAAGGAUUGUUAGAUCAUGGUGUCAUUCCAGUGAGGCUGUCAAAGGCUUUCAUCUUAGCUUGCAUCCAUGGCAUUGACUCAGUUGAUGUAGAUGUUCAAAUGUCAUCAUUUCUUAACUACCUUCCACCCACAGAGAGAUCAGCUGUUGAGAAGUGCCUUCAGGGCACAAUGGAGGAAAGUGAUGAUGAGGACUUGCUUGACCUUUUUACAAGGAUGGGUUCCCACAUCCUUCCUCCAAAAAACAGCUUGCAGCCUGCCAUUGAGACAAUGGCUCAUAAAGCUCUUCUACAAGAGCCCAAAUAUAUAGUUGAUUGCUUCUCCUCACCAAUGGUUCUUGUCUAUCAGAAACUACCUGAUAAGGGAAGUGUGUUGUCCCUGUACGACUCAAAGAAAGCCACAGGCAAAAGAUUGUUGCAACUUUUUCAAACAACAAAGGUAGUGCUGUCUCAGGUGGAGCCGUUAACCUUAAGCUAUCUCCAGCGUUACGUGAAAAAUGCUGAUCAAACCAAAGCUGAAAAAAUACUGCGUUUCUGGACUGGUUCCUCUGUCAUUUGCGUAGACAAAAUUAUGGUAUGCUUUAAUGGUGAAACUGGCCUUAACAGACAGUGGCGGAGCUAGACUUUUAUUCUUGGGGUGGCCAGGGGGUGGCCGAGGCUAUUUAAGGGGGUCCAAAGACUAUAACAAUACAUUUUUUUCUUGACUUAUCAAUUGCAAUCAGAGUGUCAAAUGUUGAAAUGUACAUACUAACCACACAGGUGAUGAGAUUUAUGUAUAUAAUUAGUUUAUUAACUUGAUAAUAACUAUAUUUUUAAAAAAUGGUGAAAAUUCACCAACACAUUCACAGUUACUCAUACGACCCCCCCACCCCCACCCCCCUUCUCUCUUAUCAACAUCUUAACGAUGUAAAAAAUGUUAAAACACAACUUGGUAACAACU